AUAGUAUGUAUAUUUUAUUUACUAUGUGUAUUCCACAUCAGAACUCGCUGGAUAGCAGUCGUACCUUGAGUUUUAACGAGAAUAUUGUCAGAGUAUCAGAUUAUUUUAAUUAUUUGAACCAAUGGUGGAAGGGCAGUAUUAAUCUGCAAAAUCAUAUUAUCGAUUUAAGUUUAAUUUUGAGCUUCAUUCGGUUUUAUUUUUCAAGGUACCUGAUAUUGUGUAUGAAUAUUUCCUGAAAAUUCGGAGAUGGUCGGUGGCAGCGUGCUCUGGUUCCGACAUGGACUACGUCUGCACGACAAUCCGUCGUUGCAAAAUGCCCUUGAAGACAGGCACACACCAUUCUACCCUAUCUUCAUCUUUGAUGGAGAGACAGCGGGUACGAAGAUCGUAGGGUACAAUCGCAUGCGCUAUUUGUUGGAGGCGCUGAACGAUUUGGAUGUCCAGUUUAAAAAGUAUGGAGGAAGACUGCACAUGAUAAAAGGCAAUCCUGAUCUCGUGUUCAGGCGUCUCUGGGAAGAAUCCGGAAUACGGAAGAUUUGUUUCGAGCAAGAUUGUGAGCCAAUAUGGCGCGCACGUGACGACUGCGUCCGAAACCUCUGCCGUGAGAUCGGAGUUUCGUGUCGGGAAAACGUUUCCCAUACACUAUGGGAUCCAGACAGCGUCAUCCAAGCUAAUGGUGGAAUCCCUCCAUUGACCUAUCAAAUGUUUCUGCACACCAUUGCUAUUAUUGGAGACCCGCCUCGCCCUGUGGACGAUGUAGACUUGAAGGGAGUCAACUUUGCGUGUCUUCCAAAAAGCUUCUACGAUGAAUUUACUGUGUUUGAUGUGGUCCCCAAACCUGAAGACUUGGGAGUGUUUUUGGAAAACGAAGACAUUCGUAUGAUACGCUGGAUGGGGGGCGAGACUGCUGCUUUGAACCAGAUGCAGGACCGUCUGGCCGUGGAGUACGAGACGUUUUGCAGGGGCUCCUAUUUACCGACGCAUGGUAACCCAGACCUGCUCGGACCACCGAUAUCGCUGAGUCCGGCGCUGCGGUUCGGCUGUCUGUCUGUGCGUCGUUUCUAUUGGUGCGUCCAAGAUCUGUUCCAACAAGUGCACCAGGGACGCCUCGCUUCGACUCAGUUUAUAACUGGUCAACUGAUAUGGCGUGAGUAUUUCUACACGAUGAGCGUGAACAAUCCGAACUACGCGCAGAUGGCCGGCAACCCGAUCUGCUUGGAUAUACCGUGGAAGGACCCGGAGAGCGACGAGCUCCAAAGGUGGAAGGAGGGCCGCACGGGCUUCCCGUUCGUGGACGCGGCCAUGCGGCAGCUGCGCACGGAGGGCUGGCUGCACCACGCCGUGCGCAACACCGUGGCGUCGUUCCUCACGCGCGGCACGCUGUGGCUCUCGUGGGAGCACGGCCUCGCGCACUUCCUCAAGUACCUGCUGGACGCCGACUGGUCGGUGUGCGCCGGCAACUGGAUGUGGGUGUCGUCCAGCGCGUUCGAGGCGCUGCUGGACUCGGGCGAGUGCGCGUGCCCCGUGCGCCUCGGCCGCCGCCUCGAGCCGUCCGGCCACUACGUGCGCCGCUACGUGCCCGAGCUGGCGCGCAUGUCCGUCGACUACAUCUACGAGCCGUGGAACGCGCCGCUCGAGGUGCAGGAGCGCGCGGGCUGCGUGGUGGGCCGAGACUACCCCGCGCCCGUCGUCGACCACCGCGCCGCCGCGCAGCGCAACCGCGCCGCCAUGCAGGAUUUGCGCAAAAUGCUCGAGAAAGCACCGCCUCAUUGCUGCCCGUCCUCGGAGGAUGAAGUCCGCCAGUUCAUGUGGCUCGGCGACGAGGGCCAGAACGAGAUAACCAGCACCUAAAUACAUAGACUGCAUGGAGUACGUCAAGCAUUCCAAUCGUGGAAGGGGUUAAGAUAAAGAAACCUUAGAUUUACAUAUUCCAUGGGAUUUUUAAUAGCUCUGAUAUAUCAUGCACUACAAACAGUUCUUGACUAAUAUAUCUUUAUUUAUAAUACGACACUAUUCCACUUAACUCAUUACAUCCACUUAAUUUUUGCUUCUAAAGUGCCAUUAACCAUAUAACCGGAAUUUAAGACGUAAUUUUUUAGAGAAUCUGUAUUAAGUACCAUAGAUUACUUAAGAUGAUAUCGCGUCAGUUGAACGACAAAGUUGGUUAUUUGUCUUUACUUCUCCUUAGGAAAUAGGAAUAUUCUAAAGUCAAAACUUGUUUUUUUUUUUUUAGAAUUGACUAAAGAUCUCUGUUUUGUUCGAAAGUAUGAUGUCACUUUAAAGAUUGUUCGUCUAUAUCCUUUCAAAUUUUCAUAGUCUGCAUUAGAAUGUACUUUUUCCUACGGAUUGUACGAUUUAAGCAGUUAAGGGUGAUUUACUAAUUGUAAAUUUUUUAACAUAAAGGUGCGACACGACGGUUAUGUUAUUUUAAACCGUAUUGUCCAUGUUUGUUUGACCUUGCUCAUAUGUCAACUCCCAAUAAGCGAGCCCAGUUACUCUCCAUUUGGAAUAGCUGGAAUUACGGGCAACAUAUUGCAUUUUCGAGGCUAUUUUUAAAAAAAGUGUGUUUUAACUUAACAAAUACUUGCGGUACAGUAAUUGUAUCAUAAUUUAUAUUAUUAUUAAUAUUUAUCUCUUGUCUAGUAUUUUAAUAAUAAAUAAUAUACAUAUUUCGUGACUAAAA